GGCAAAGGACUGUCUCAACAGCUCCGAGUGGUUGGAACCUUUCUCCCUCUCCUUCCCUUCCCCUUCCCCUCCCAGGAAAGGCUGAGGCACGGCACCGGGGCUGUCCCGUGGCCGCUGCGGCCUCAGCUACAGCCCGGCUGGGGUACGGAAAGUCCAGGCCGCUUCCAGGGCGGUGCGUACUGCGCCUGCGCGGGCUCACACCUAAAAGAGGGUGUGGGAAGGGAGGGGGCGAUGUCCCAGAGUGCUCCUGAUUGUGACAUCACAUCCAUCCCUUUGGUGAUAGAACUUACUCUGGGAAGGAAGACUCAGUUGGAGAAUAGCCAACAAGAUGGGUUACUGGGAGCCUCUCCUGAGUGGCACUGAGUGGAGGCAUCAGGGGGUUGGAGCCUUGUGAACAGGGAACCUGCCCCCCAACACUUGGAAGGCCCUGGGUUUCAGUGAUGAGACAUGGGGUAUGAUGUAACCCGCUUCCAGGGGGAUGUUGAUGAAGAUCUUAUCUGUCCUAUUUGCAGUGGAGUCUUGGAGGAGCCAGUCCAGGCACCUCAUUGCGAGCAUGCUUUCUGCAAUGCCUGUAUCACCCAGUGGUUCUCUCAGCAGCAGACGUGUCCGGUGGACCGUAGCGUAGUGACGGUUGCCCACCUACGCCCAGUACCUCGGAUCAUGCGGAACAUGUUGUCAAAGCUGCAGAUUGCCUGCGACAACGCUGUGUUUGGCUGCAGUGCUGUUGUCCGGCUUGACAACCUAAUGUCUCACCUCAGCGACUGUGAGCACAACCCAAAACGGCCUGUGACCUGUGAACAGGGCUGCGGCCUGGAGAUGCCCAAAGAUGAGCUGCCAAACCACAACUGCAUUAAGCAUCUGCGCUCAGUGGUACAGCAGCAGCAGACACGCAUCGCAGAGCUGGAGAAGACCUCAGCUGAACACAAACACCAGCUGGCAGAGCAGAAGCGAGACAUUCAGCUGCUGAAGGCGUAUAUGCGUGCAAUCCGCAGUGUCAACCCCAACCUUCAGAACUUGGAGGAGACUAUUGAAUACAAUGAGAUCCUAGAGUGGGUGAACUCCCUGCAGCCAGCCAGAGUGACCCGCUGGGGAGGGAUGAUCUCCACCCCGGACGCUGUACUCCAGGCUGUGAUCAAGCGCUCCCUGGUGGAGAGUGGCUGUCCUGCCUCCAUUGUCAACGAGCUGAUAGAAAAUGCCCACGAGCGAAGCUGGCCCCAGGGUCUGGCCACACUAGAGACAAGACAGAUGAACCGGCGGUACUACGAGAACUAUGUGGCCAAGCGCAUCCCCGGCAAGCAGGCUGUUGUGGUGAUGGCCUGUGAGAACCAGCAUAUGGGUGACGAUAUGGUGCAGGAGCCGGGGCUGGUCAUGAUAUUUGCGCAUGGCGUGGAAGAGAUAUAGAUUUUGGUGGGCUGGCAAAAAGAUGGAAAUCAGAAAAUCUCAUCACUCCAGUAGCUGAGCCCUGAGUCCUCCCCACUGUCCUUAACACUGUGGCUGGUACUUGAGCCACAUCUCCCUGCUCUUCUGGCACUGAAGGGCCCUGGAACACUUUGCUCAGCCUUUCAGGUGGGAAACCCAGAUUCCCUUCUUUUGCCUAAUUUCUUCCCCUCAGAUGUCUGUAAAUUUUCAGUCUGGGGAGGGAAGUCCCCAUCUCUCUAUGUUUUCCUGCCUGGGGUCCCUGGUUCCAGACAUUUUCAGAAAGCACAAAGGUAUUCCUUUUCUCCCCAGAGUAUCGGGGUAGAGCCAGAAACCUUGAAUCGUUACCCUUCUUCAAAACCAGGGAAUUGAGCAGGCAGGCCUAUUGGCUCUCAGCACUUAGAGAGCUACUCUGGGGAGCAAACAUCCUGAAGAAGCAGUAAGGGGGAAACCCAAACCCUAGAAAUAAUGAGCCAGCAACUAGCCAUGACUCAUCGAUGGCCCUUAGGGGAAGACUGGACCUCUGUGCCAAGCAAUACCUUGUUCGGCCCACCUUAAAGGUGCAGGCUGCCACUGGGUCUGCGCGUGUGCAAGCUGGGAUGCCGAAAAUUCCCAGAUGAACUCUCCUUGCCUACACUUCCUCUUAAUUAGGGAAUGACAGGAAUGGGGUAGGGGUUAGUCUGUUGGGGUGAAUAUGCUCAGCAAGAAGCAGCACCCUGGCUUUUGCUGAAAUCAGGUAGGCAAGCGCCUCUUGUGGCACAGGCUGACAGUUCCACUGCCCCUCCAGCCCUGAGAUUGUAACCGGUUAUGCUGACAAUUUCCUUUGGCCAUUGUUUGUUUAUAUUUCACUCUCCUCCUCCCACCUUUUUUUUUUUUUUUCCCUUAAAGAAUGGCCUGGUUAUGGCUACCCCACUUUUCCAGCCUGGCCACAUUGUUGGCAGUUUAAUUUAUUUACUUUUUUUUUUUUUUUUAAGAAACGAAAAAGAAAAAAAUUAACAAAAUGUAAAACUUUUCUUUCGCUGUUCCUGUGGUGGGGGUUCUGGAUAGGGUGGGGCCGGGGUGGGACCUGUUCUAUGUUUUCCCUUUUCAGUGCAACCUUUGGCUUUAAUAUAGAAAGGGCCAAGGGCAUCCUUGGCUGAACGAAUGUCUGCCCCAGCCCUCCAAACCCCAUCUGAGAUGAGAAGCCUCCUCUAUUCCAGCAUCGAUGCCUGAGCCCUCUGCAGAACUUUGCUCCCGGCCCUUCCAAGGUCUCAUUGUAAAAGAAACUCCCCUUCCCCAUUUCCUUGGAGAUACGUAGCUGGGUUCUAACCUUCACUGGGCAAGGUGGAAUAGAAAUUAAGUCUUUGUCUCUGAAUACAGGCAGUAAGUACUCUGUCUCACCUGUGCACAUAAGGACUGCAGCUCCAUUUCAGGCCACCUGGGGCAUUCCCUGACCUCUGAGGUGACUGCUGACAGAGUAAGAGAAGGGGAGGAAUAGUGGGUGUGAUUGUCUUAGUGUGCAGGUGGGAGUGGGGUGGAAGAGAGAUGGCCAUCAAAUAGCUUCUUCUCUUGGAGUUUUACUCCAGGCCAGCUUGCUGUCAGUCCGCGUGGUUGGGCCAUGGUUCCACUGGUACUAGGGCAGAGGGGGACAGCUGGAAGGGAGUGGGGAGCAGUCAUACUUUUCAGCUCCAGGACGUUGUGCUCAGGAAUUUGAAAACGCUGCUAUACUUAACCUGGUCACUACAUUUCUCACACUCCCUGCUGCCCCUGCCUGCCUUACCCCUCCAUACCCUCUGCUGUCACCCUCAGGCAGAGCCAGGAAGCUCAGGUCAGGCAUCCCUACCCUUUGCACUGGUGUCUCUGCAGGUUGCUGAUUGUGCUACUUGUGGUGUUUACUGCACUAAUAAUAAACCUUUCACUCAACUCUAAA